AUGGGUCCGACGGGCCGCCUGGUGACCAUCAAGAGGAGCGGGCUGGACGGCGCGCACUUCCCCCUGAGCCUGAGCACCUGCUUGUUCGGGAGGGGCAUUGAGUGUGACAUCCGUAUCCAGCUUCCUGUCGUGUCCAAACAGCACUGCAAAAUUGAAGUCCGUGACCAGAAGGCAUUCUUGUUUAACUUCAGUGCCGCAAACCCAACCCAGGUGAACGGGUCUGCCAUCGACGGGCCUGUGCAGCUCAAGCACGGGGACGUGAUCACCGUCAUUGACCGCUCCUUCAGGUAUGAAAAUGACAGUCAUCCGGACGGAAGCAAGUCAACUGAAUUUCCAGGACAAAGAUGUGAACAGAAAUCUCCGAGACGGCUCUCAAGGUCUAGCUUCUCUUCCAACCCCGAUGGGAAAGUUCAAGAUCCCAGUGCUGCCCACUCACAAGUCACUGAAGAGGGAGGCUCAGGAGGGCCCCUGGAGCGCAGGGAGCAUGUUGGGGCGACCCGCACCCCCUCCCGCGGCUCAGAAGGCCCCGCUACCAAAGGCCCAGCCAAUGCUGGUUCCUCGGAGGCCCCCGGAGGUCACCACGGAAACGCAGCGGGGCCCCUUGCUGGGGGGUUUGGAGCGGGUUCCCGUGUGACCGCCGCGAACUGGAAUGGAGGGCAGGAUCCGGAGAAGGACGGAGAGAACGAGUCUCCCUUCCGGAAGCUCUACGAGUCUAUGAAGGAAGAGUUGGACGUGAAACCAGAGAAAGAGGCUGUUCCACAGAAUCGCAGAAAAUCGGGAUCCCGGGGCCACGGUGCAUCAGAAUCCGAAAGUGCGACUCAGCCCCGGGUCUCCCCCAAGGCCAGGCGGAGGUCUGGUCGGAGCAGCCAGGCGGAGGCAGAGAGAGCGGGCGAAGGACUGGCUCAGGCUCCAGAGGCCACCCCGAGUCCCAGCAUGCCCCCCACAGAGACGCCCAAGGCCAAGACCCCCGUCCCCUGCUCACAGCAGAAUUCCUCCCAGAAACGCCGGAGUGGAGACCUGAGUGUCACCCGUGGGGGUGGACCUGUGAGUGUGCAGCCGAGGGAAGACCUCGGGGCAGACAGGGCCGCGUCUGCUCCCAGGAGGCUCUCAGCCAGACAGCAAACACCUACUAAUGGCACAAGCGCUGGCGACCUGGGCAAUACAGCAGAAAAGCUCUCUUCCAGGAAGAGGAGAAGGAGCCUGUCUCCCACGGCCGGCGAUCUCUCCACGGGAACAGACUUCCCAAAGCAAGCCCCGCUCUCCCCGCUGCCAGUCCCCACGGAGCAUAAGGUUCCCGGCGGGGCCCUGGGCACGCCCAGGCAGCAGGGCGCCGGGUCCCCGGGCCUCAGUGCCGUGGAUGUCAGCAACAUUGGCGAUGCCCUCAGUAAGACUGAGGGGAAGCCCUUAAAGAGAAGGCGGGUCUCCUUCGGGGGCCAUCUGAGACCGGAACUGUUUGAUGAAAACUUACCUCCUAACACCCCUCUCAAAAGGGGAGAGACCCCGAUGAAAAGACGCUCUCUGGUAGCCCACACGCCUCCCGUCCUGAAGAAAAUCAUCAAGGAACAGCCAUCGGAAAAGGGGGAACCUUCAGAAAUCCGUUCGGAGGUGGCCACGCAAAACAGUCCUACGAACACGUCUCCACUUAUAAAUGAUGCUCGCCAGCGGUCCUCCAAGUCACCUGCCUCGAGUGGCAGCAAAUCUCCACAUCACACAGAUGCCCCUAAGCGGGGAGGCAGGCGGAGCAGCAGCGGGCCCGCCAGGAGGGCCUCCGUGGACCGGAGCCAGCGCGGAAUCCUGCAGACCAUUCACUCCCGGCGCAGGAGCGGGGCCUCGGAAGCCAACCUGAUGGUGUCGAGGUCGUGGGCAGAUGUGGUGAAGCUUAGUGCCAAGCAAACACAAACUAAAGUCAUGAGACAUGGUCCCCCAAGACCUGGUCCCCCAAGACUGCCAAGCAAAAGGCAGAGAAGAGUUAACACCCCAAAGAAGCCUCUGGCCAGCGUUCACAACGAGUUCAGCACCGGCCACGCCGCCUCUCCCUGCACCAUCGUGAUCGGGAGAGCUCACAUCGAAAAGGUCAGUGCGCCUGCUCGGCCCUACAGGAUGCUGAACAACUUCAUGAUCAACAAAAAAAUCGACUUUAAUGAAGACCUUUCAGGGUUAACUGAAAUGUUCAAGACCCCAGCAAAAGAGAAGGCACAAACAAUGAACCUAGGUCCCACCACUUUUUCAAAUUCCGAGGACUCGCUUGGGAAAAAGUUUCAAGUACUUAAUUCAGAAGACAAACCUCUGCUCUGCACCCCAGAAAAGUUUGGAGAAAAGGAUCUGAAUGCACCAGACGAACUAUGGGAUAAACAGUCUUCAAGCUCAGCCUUUACACAACAGUAUGUUACAGUAAAUGGAAAUAUGAAAACCCCACGGUUGGAGACAGAGCUUCCGAAGGCAGCAUCCAGUACAAACAAAUUCAGGAGGUCCGUGGAGCUCAGAAAUAUACAGGUGACAAGUGCAGAAGGUGGAAAGGAUGACAAAGAAGUCGACACUGUUCAGAACAUCUUGGGAAGAUGCCUGAGAAAAUCAUCAGUACAAACACAACUACCAGAGGGAGAGAUGAAGGAAAGGGAAAGAUCCUUUGGAACAUGUAAUAAAAACAAUGAACCAAGAGAAAACUCUGAAAAACCGAUCACUGGGAGGAGAUCAAGAAGAUCAUCAGAGCUGAAAUGCACACCAAGAGCAGGCCUGACCCCCAUCCAGACAUUGCAGGAGACAGAAUCUAAGGAAGACCUGGAGGGCAGCCACAGUUUCCUCCAAAACCCAAGCUGCGCUGAGCAACCAGUGGGUACGGAAACCAAAACGAUAUUGAUGCCCUGCAAAUCCCCAGCACCAGUCAGCACACCCACCAAGGUGAACACACACAUCAAGACUCCUUCCCAGAGAGCGAAUGUAGAAGAUCUCUCAGACCUCAGGAAGCCCACACGAACCCCAGGGGACAUAGCAGAUACACAAAAAGAGCUAGCAGGUAGUGCCAAAAGCAUGAAAGAAUUUAAGGAAGCUCCAGAACAGAAAUUGGAUUCAUCAGAAAAUGUACCUGGAAGCAGAAGGAGGUCGAGAACACCCAGGAGGAAGGCCCAACCCAUAGAAGACCUGACGGGCUUCAGAGAGCUCUUUCAAACACCAAGUCACAUUGUGGAAACAGUGACUAAUGACAAAACCACCAAAACACCCGGCAAAUCUCCAAAACCAGAACCAGUCAGCACACCAACCAGCACAAAGAGACGUUUCAGGUCACCUGUGGGGAAAGUCGACAUGGAAGAAGAGCUCUCAGCACUCAGGAAGCCAACACCAAGGCCAGGGGAAACCACACAUUCAUGUCGAGCACCAAUAAAUGAUGAUAAGGAUAUCAAAGCAUUUAAAGAAACUCCAAAGCAGAAACUAGACUCAGCAGGCAAUAUAAUUGGGAGCAGAAGGUCAAGAACACCCAUUGGGAAGGUUCAACCCAUUGAAGACUUGGUUGGCUUCAGAGAGCUUUUCCAAACACCAGAUCAUACGAUGGAAUCAUUGAGUGAGGACAAAACCAGCAAAACACCCUCCAAAUCUCCAAAACCAGAACCACUCAGCAUGCCAACCAGCACGAAGAGACGUUUCAGAACACCUGUGGGGAAAGUGGACACGGAGGAUGAAAGUGCCGAAUUCUUUAAGGAAAUUCCAGAACAGAAACUGGAUUCUGCAAAAUAUGCAGCUGGGAGCAGGAGGAGAUCGAGAAUACCCAGGAGGAAGGUCCAACCCAUAGAAGACCUGGCUGGCUUCAAAGAGCUCUUCCAAACACCAGAUCACAUCCUAGGAACAGUGACUGACGAUAAAAUAACUAAAACAUUGUGCAAAUCUCCAAAAUCUGAACCAGUCAGCACACCAACCAGCUCAAAGAGACGUUCCAGGACACCUCUGGGGAACGUGGACGUGCAGGAAGCGCUCUCAGCUCUCAGGAAGCCAACACCGAGACCGGGGGAAAGCACACACGCACACAGGGCACCAGAAAGUGAUGAUAAAAGUGCCAAGUUCUUUGAGGAAAUUCUAAACCAGGAACUGGAUUCAGCAGAAAAUGUAACUGGAAGCAGGAGGAGGUCAAGAACACCCAGGAGGAAGGUCCAACCCAUGGAAGACCUGGUUGGCUUCAAAGAGCUCUUCCAAACACCAGAUCAUAUAGAAACAGUGACUGAUGACAAAACCACCAAAAUGCCCUGCAAAUCUCCAAAAUCAGAACUAAUCAGCACACCAACCAGCACAAAGAGACGUUCCAGGACACCUCUGGGGAAAGUGGACGUGCAGGAAGCGCUCUCAGCACUCAGGAAGGCAACACCGAGACCAGGGGAAACCACAUACUCCCACAGAGAACCAGAAGGUGAUGAUAAAGGUAUCACAGCAUUUAAGGAAGCUCCAGAACAGAAGCCAGACUCGGCAGAAAAUAUAAUUGGGAGCAGGAGGAGGUCAAGAACACCCAAGAGAAAGGUUCAACCCAUAGAAGACUUGGUUGGUUUCAAGGAGCUCUUCCAAACACCAGAUCACAUCCUGGAAUCAUCGGCCGAUGACAAAACCACCAAAAUACCUUGCAAAUCUCAAAACCCAGAACCAGUCAUCAUGCUAACAGGCAGAAACAGACGUGUGAAGGCACCUCGAGGCAAAGUGGUUGUAGAAGAUGAGCUCCCGGCACUCAGAAGGCCCACACGCACGCUGGGGAAAACCACAAGGCCCCACAGAGCUCCAGAGGCUGCUGACGAAGAUACCAAAGUGUUGGGGGAAAUCCCAGAAGAGAAAUCAGAUCCUGCAGAAAAUGCAACUGGAAGCAAGAGGAGGCCGAGAACACGUAAGGAAAAGGCCCAGCCCAUGGAAGACCUGGCCGGCCUCAAAGACGAACCAGAGACUGUUGUCCAAACCACUGAAAUGCCCUCCAGAUCUCCACAGCCAGAAGCAGUCCUGCCAGCGCGCAGGAAGAGGCAGCUCAGGGCGCCGCCCAGGAAGGCGGACGUGGAGGAAGAGCUCUCCGCUCCCCGGACAUCAGGGAAAACCACGCGGUCCCGCAGAGAACCCGCAGACGUCACAGUGUUCAAGGCGUCUCCAAGGCAGGAACCGGGUCCUGCGGCAGACACGGCGGGCAGCAAACGCCAGCUGAGAUCACGGAAGGGAAGGGCCCAGCCCCCGGAAGGCCCAGCCCGCCGCCAACCACUCCCGAGAAGCCCAGGUCAAGACGAGGAGCCAGACGUAGGAGCUGAGGACAAACCUGCCAAACCCAGAAGAGUCCUCUGGGCCCCGGACGUGAAGCCCGUGGAAGGCCAGGCGGGCCGCAGAGACCCUGUAACACCCCCAGGGGGGGGCGGCGUUCCCCUGGCCCCCAAGAGGAAGCGUGAAGAUGGAAGUCCCACCAGAACGAGGGGGCUGCGCACCAGCGCUCGAGCACAGGACCCAGUGGAGGAGAAGCCAGCACCAAAGCGGCAGCGGACGGCUCCCCAGGAGAGGCGAGAGCCGCCGGAACCCCUGGGCGCGAAGAGGAGGCGGGGAGCUGUGGCAGACAGCACGGAAGACGUGCCCGGCGAGGACCUGGGAACGAAGGCGAGGGGCAGGAGAGCGCCCGUGGCGACCUCCGCGGGCAAGGAAGUGUCCCUGCGUUCCAGACUCCCAGCUAAAACCAGCGGCGCUGAGCAGACACCUGGCGUGCCGGGAACAGCAGGAGCGGGGAAGACCAAGAGGAGUGGGAGGAAGCCCGCGCCCGCCUCCCCGGAGGCGAAGGGUCACAGCCCAGAGGAUGGAGCCGGGAGCUCUGCGUCUGGGGACGCGGUCCGUGAGAGGAGAACGUGCCCGCGACGGGGGAGGGCGCCCGAGCCCAGCACGGCCGGGGAGAAAGCCGGGCAGACGCGUGAGGAGGCCCCCAGGAAGGCUCAGGAAGAGGCGGAAGGAGCCCGGCCUGCAGGCCUCACACAGCGGAGGGCCAGGACGGUGACGGUCCCUCCCGCCGGGGACACUGCGGAGAGUCAGCCCCAACCGAGAGCCACGCGGAGCGCCAAGAGGCCAGCGGGAGAGGCGAGGCAGGAAGACGACGACACGAAUGUCAAGAAGAUAAGGACCCGCAGUCGCCGGGGCCGUGAAGAUGUUUAG